UCGCACUUCGCAGUCCCGUUGUCCGCUCUUGAGUUUUCGUUGCGUUCUUUCUAAAGUCGGUGGUUUUCGUAUAUCUGCAAUUAUUUGACUCUCAAAUUACGAGAAAUUUGUAUAUUAACUGCCCUUAAACCAUUGGGGAUUUAACUUAUUAAGGAACAGCUGUCAUUAUUAACCUCCAUCUCAUAUCACUUUCAGGAGUUUCAGAUAGUCGAUGAAUGAGAAACCGUCAAAGCGCACUACCGCAGUCUCCGAGCUUUCCGCUGAAAUCAUCUAGCUAAUCAAGCGUCAAUUAGAAGGUGUAUUGUAAACGCCACCUAGAGUUAGGAGGAGCUGAAAAAAUGUUGUCUAAGUUUCUGCUCAUGCUCGCACCUUAGACGUCAUUGACUUGUUUCCUUCUCUCUGGAAGUUUGUUUCGUUACAUUUAAGCUUUUGAAAAAGUGAAAUGCUCGAUUUGAUUUCCCGGACCACCGAAGCAACAGAGUUAUUUCUCUCUUUUUGGUAAGGAAACAUCGCCUCGUCUCUAGUAAAUCUGCUAUCCUCCCAUUGCUUUAAUUCAUUCACAGCAAAUACGAACACCGCCAGUAUUAAAAUUCAUCGUUUUACCGUCUGUACCCACUUCAAUUGAAUAAUUCCUCUUCCCAAAAUUAAUCUGGAAAUCCCUACAUUUACGCUGCAUCAACUUCAGCUUUCCCCGACUCCACAAUCGAGCUAUGCCUGCCAAAAGCAUCUACCACUCGCCUUUGGGUCCGAUCCUACUGGAGGCAGACGACAAGGGCCUGACGCGGCUGGUUUUCCAGCAAUCUUCGAAGAGGAGCGGGCACAACGGGGAACGUGAAGACGGAGAACCUAAGCGCGAAGAGAACAAGUUCUUGGUGGAGGCAAAGCGCGAAGAGGAGAAGCUCCUGAUGGAAGCAAAGCGCGAAGAGGAGAAGUUCCUGAUGGAAGCAAAGGGCGAAGAGGAGAAGUUCCGGAUGGAAGCAAAGCGUGAAGAGGAGAAGUUCCGGAUGGAAGCAAAGCGUGAAGAGGAGAAGUUCCGGAUGGAAGCAAAGCGUGAAGAGGAGAAGUUCCGGAUGGAAGCAAAGCGCGAGGAGGAGAAGUUCCGGAUGGAAGCAAAGCGUGAAGAGGAGAAGUUCCGGAUGGAAGCAAAGCGUGAAGAGGAGGAGUUCCGGAUGGAAGCAAAGCGCGAAGAGGAGAAGUUCCGGAUGGAAGCAAAGCGCGAAGAGAACAAGUUCCUGACGGAAGCAAAGCGGGAGCUGAGCGAAUACUUCGCGGGAGAGCGGCGCGUGUUCGAAGUGCCGCUGCACGUGCCUCGAGGCACCGAGUUCCAACGGCGGGUCUGGAGGGCCCUGCGGACGAUGCCGUACGGGCGGACGUGCUCGUACCAGGAGCUGGCCGAGCGGGUGGAGUCGCCGCGGGCCGUGCGGGCGGUGGCCCAGGCGAACAAGGCCAACCCCAUCGCCGUCAUCGUGCCCUGCCACCGGGUCAUCGGCAAGAGCGGGAAGCUCACCGGGUACAUGGGCGCCGCCGCGGAGGGCCUCGCGCUCAAGAAGGCGCUCCUCGAGCUGGAGCACGGAGCCCGGACGUCGGAGAAGUAGGGAGCACCGCGCCCGCCCCCGGGAGAACCCAGUUCCUAACUUGGCGCAGUCGGAGAAAAUCCGGAAGCGAAGCAUUUGAUUAGUUAGCAAUGGACCACUAGACAAGGUACGAAUUUCAGCAUUCUGAUACUUGUUUCUUCACCACAAUUCCACGUAAAACACGAUGCGCACAACGAAAAUUACCGAAAUCAACUCCUUCCGAAGA